UAUUGCCAACAGCAAGACAGAGUCUUUCCUCAACAAAAUGAGCCAAGAAUUCUUCACAAAUCUACCCUCGCACAUCACCAUCGACAUCCUCUCCCGACUCCCCAUCCCAACCAUUCUCCGAUGCAAAUCUGUUUGCAAGCCAUGGCUCCAUCUACUCAACUCUCACGAAUUCACCACCCACCAUCUCUCCGAAUCCGCCCCCGGCCUAGCUGUCUUUCAGUCUAAGAUCACAUCCGAAAUCCACGAAAUCUACGAAUUUGAAGACGAGCUUGAUCUUGAUGUUGAGCACCGCUACAAACUACUCACAGCCUUCAAACUCCCUUCCCAUGGAUUGAUCCAGGGCUCCGCCAAUGGCCUCCUUCUUAUCAUGCCCCCUGAAGGCCUUUCCAUAUGCAACCCGAUCACCCGCGAAUACAUGGACAUCCGAACCCCUCAAGACUCCAACUACAAGCACCCUCAAAAGUUCACAUUCGGAUUCGGGGUGAGCACAAGGACUCGCCAGUAUAAAGUGGUUAUGUUUUCCCAUGAUCCAGAGAAAGAUAAACGCCUCGGGUUUCUUCAAUCCGAGUGCCACGUGUACACUCUUGGAACGGGGUCGUGGAGGAGAAGUGCGGCGCCAUGUUUGAGCUACGGUAGUUAUUGCAAUGGGGCGUUUUUGAACGGGAAUCUCCACUGGCUUGGGUUCGAUGCAAACUCUAAGGCGUGGAUUUCUUGCUUUGAUCUUGAGACCGAGCUUUUAAGCACCAUUUCUCCGCCCACGACUGAUCAGCAGUUGCUCGUGGCCGACGUGUUUGCUUUUGGAGAUAAGCUGUGUGUCUGUGACAGUUGGAGUGAAGAUGAGAUUGUGGUGUGGUUGAUGGAGGAAUACGGAGAUGAGAAAUCUUGGAGGAAGGAGUUUGUGGUGGUGAAAAGAGAGGAUAUGUAUGGGGAAUGUGUGGUUCGGCCAAUCAAAGUGUUUAAAGAUGGAGAGAUGGCGAUGUUGUGGGGAGAUUUCUUUGUGUUCCAUUGGUGUAGCAAGAGGGGGACUGUUUCGGAGAUGAGAAUGUUCGAAGCUCGUGGUAAUUGUGCUCUCGAUUUGAUCCCUCACACCCCCACUUUUCUCUCUCUCUCCAAGAGUUUUGGGGCCAUGGAAAAUGUUAGCUCCUAAUGAUCUGAAUUCCUAUAUAGUGAGUAGUAGUGUAGUACUAUAUGUCUCAACAUCAGUAUUUCUAUAUAAGUGCAAGUUGCCCUUUAAAGCACGUUUUUUAUCAAUCUUUAUACAGUGUCA